AGAAGACGGGGUUUUCAAUUGGAAAGGCACCGCCGGAUACUCAAGAGACCCUUGGGAUCCAAAACAUCGAGGGACAAAUGGGCGAGGCUCCUCCAUGGUCCACAUCGGGCGUUCCCCCCUGGUCUACGGCGACGCGUCCUCUUUCUGACAUUCGCGAACUCACUGAGCCGAGUCUUCUUGAAAUCACGAAUCGUAAGCCAUUACCCGAUCCUUCUGACGCUGGACACCGUCGCAAAUGCUCCCUUUCCCGGAAGGCGUCUUUGCUUUCUCGAAAAGGCUCUUUAACAAGGAAAGAAUCGCUAUCUCGGAAGACUUCUUUGAAAUGUGCUCCUUCACCGGCUCCAGAGGAGCAAUUCGACCUGCGUCGGGGCCGCUCUUCCCCAGCCAAAUCGCCUGGCACUGAUCGUUCGAGCAUUUACAGCGUACCGAGCGGAAGUGUCCCGGCACGAUCGUCAUCGCAGCAUGCGGAAAAUAGAGGCAUAUCAUUACCACCCAGAGGACCAUCAUGGCCGCCACCACCGCCGCGGGGCCUUGGAUAUACCAUACCUAACAGGGGCGAAUCCAGGUCGCCCGUGCGAGAGGUUGCUGUGAGGCUUGAUCCUGUCACUUCAGACUCUGUACGACGGGUGCCUUCACGGACAUUUACGAGGGAGCUCUCGAUGGAGAUGUUGGAGUUCCCUUCUCAUCGACAUCCGCGGGUUUCUGCUGAAGCACACCUAACGGCGCCGUUGUAUGUUGGUGGAGGUAGCCUUGAAGGCCAUGUGCGGAUUGUCAUUGAUGAUGCCGAACGUACAAGGCACAAACGAGCAUUGGCCAUUGCAAGGAUAUCCGUGGACCUACUCGGUAUCGAAGAGAUGUACAACGGGAAAAGAGAUGUUUUCUUGAACCUGGCGACGGAACUUAUCGAUUCGGAGAACCCGCCUCCACACAACAUGGUCGAGUCUGCAAAGCAAAUAUCUGCUCUUGACGCCUUUUGGCUAUUGCAUCCCUCGGUCACACUCAUGCCUUUCUGCCUCAGUCUACCGCUCGACGUAGGACCACCUCCAUUCAAAUCCAAAUUAGCACAAAUCCGCUAUGUUCUUUGCGUAACGCUACUCAUUCGGGACAAGGGUGUGCAGUAUCUGGUUAGAUCAUCACAAGAGGUUUCAGUGUUGUCUGUCUAUGACCCGGAGAAAGCUCUCACGUCAUUGCCUAGCCCUCUAACAGCUUCUGACGAGUUUGUGAAACAAAGGGAUUCAGGAAUUGAGGUCGUCAAAGUCACGGCAGGCCUGCAUCGCCAAGUUUGGGUGAGCGGUACCAGCAUCUUUGUGGACGUUCACAUUGCGAACAACAGCCGGAAAACGAUACGCAAGAUGGAGCUGCAACUCGAGCGGGACAUACUUUGCUACAAGCAUACUGCUGCGGCAACCCUUGAAAAAUCAGCCAGUCAAGCACGCAUAUUUGACAGCAACGAACGCACUAUACUGACCAAGACCUGGCUUAAGCCGGGAAACGGUGGCUGGACUGGGAUUCCCGCUCGUUCUACCGAGACGCGUACCUGCGACUUGGAGCUUCCAAGAGGGCACGCGACAGUAAAAUGCGGGAAAUUUUUCGAAGUCCGCUAUUUUCUCAACAUUAUAGUGAGCAGCAGUCACACCAAACUCGUCUCUGUGCAGCUACCAAUUGUGUUGAUACACAUGAAUUCUCUCGACGUAGUCCCCAACUCUGUGGCCCAAGUGGCCGCUGCUAUUGAAGAAAAGCGCCACCAUCCUGAUUCCCGCUCCCGUAACCUCACACGGCGUCCAUCAACAUCUGUCCAGGGCCGCGCCUUUGCUGCGCCUCGCCUACAAUCCCUCGACCGCAAGCGUGCUGAGGUCCAAGAGCUCGAACAGAUCGGUCACAUUCUCGACCACUCGCCCCGUAAAUAUUACGAUGCGGGCUAUUGUACACCGCCGCCGAACCGCAGCGGCCGCGUCAUGGAGACGGACAGCCUUGAAAGUGUGCGCCAUUGCUUGCGCCAUGUUCGUUCUAACGAAACA